AUGGUCAAAGCCGAAAGACUACUAUUGAUCGAUUGCCUUUUCCUGACGGAGUUGCUCGAUGCCCUUGCUUUUGACCGCGAAAGCGCACUUCCAACUCUCAGCUUUCCUUUGAUCCCUUCCCUUGAGAAUCUUACAAGCUCGGAUCUCGGUUUUCCUUUCUCUCGAGCUGCUUCUCCGAUCCCUUAUCCGUUAACGGAACCAUGGCAAUUAGGAUUUCAAGAUGCAGCGAGCCCUAUGAUGCAAGGAAUAAUGGACUUACAUCACGAUCUCUUUUUCUUCCUCAUUCUGAUUUUGGUUUUCGUAUUAUGGAUCUUGGUUGGCGCUUUAUGGCAUUUCCACUAUAAAAAGAAUCCAAUCCCGCAACGGAUAGUUCAUGGAACUACUAUUGAGAUUCUUUGGACCAUUUUUCCUAGUCUCAUCCUUAUGUUCAUUGCUAUACCAUCAUUUGCUCUCUUAUACGCAAUGGACGAGGUAGUAGUAGAUCCAGCCAUUACUAUGAAAGCUAUUGGACAUCAAUGGUAUUGGACUUAUGAGUAUUCAGACUAUAAUAGUUCCGAUGAAGAGUCACUCACUUUUGACAGUUAUAUGAUUCCAGAAGAUGAUUUAGAAUUGGGUCAAUUACGUUUAUUAGAAGUUGACAAUAGAUUGGUUGUGCCAGCCAAUAGUCAUCUACGUCUUCUUGUAACAUCUGCUGAUGUACUUCAUAGUUGGGCUGUCCCUUCCUUAGGUGUCAAAUGCGAUGCUGUACCUGGUCGUUUAAAUCAGAUCUCUAUUUUGGUACAACGAGAAGGAGUUUACUAUGGUCAGUGCAAGGGGAUGGGACUAUCCGCGGAUUCAGUCGCAUCAAGCUCAUCAACCGACUCUACCGCGGAUUCAGUCGCAUCAAGCUCAUCAACCGACUCUACCGCGGAUUCCGUAGCAUCAAGCUCAGAAAUCGACCAUGUUGUCAGGGAGCUUGUAGCGUAUUGUGAAGCUCCACCUAAGGACCCGGCCCCGGAUUCGUUACGCUCUGAAAAGAAGAAGUGA